AUGAAAGAUGAUGCAGACGAUGCUUAUUCUGCAAGUAGUCAUGAUGAUGAUGAUGGGAAUGAUGACGACGAUCAAGGUACUUCAGGCAUCAAAGUUACUGAAAAGUCAACUAAAGAAAAUGUUGAUGAUUAUCUUCAUGAUGAUGCUAAUGAAGAACCUGAGAAUGCUGAAAGUGAGGGGGAGCAUGAUGAUACAAAGAAUGUUGAUGAAAGUGAUGAUCAUGUGUCAAGAUUGAUUCUUCGUCUUGAGCACAACGUAGAGGAAGGAGAAAUCAUGCAUACUUAUACUCUGGAUGAAAUCAUAAAGAUGACGCAUGUUGAAGAUAUUAAUUUCAAGUUUAAUUUUGAAGAGGAGCUAAAUCAGUUUGAUAUUAAUCAGCAGCCUGAGUAUCAGUAUAAAUACGUUGAAGAUGUUGAUAACUAUGACAGAGUUGAAGUGGAAGACUGCAGUGAUGAAGAACAGUCUGAGAAUGUGAAUGUUGAUACUUCUGACUUUCCGACGCUUGCAGAAUUUCUUCAGUCAGGCGAAUGA